GCCAAAAAAAAAAAAAAAAAAAGCCCUCUGGGUGAUUCUGAUGCAGGCUGAAGUUGGAGAACCAUUGACUAGCUAUCACUUAAGACCUCUUCUGGAUUCGCCUUUCCAGGACUAUGAUCCAUCAGGUGUGUUUCAUACCUUCUGCAUUUAGGGCCCUGGUCUGGUAGCUCGUGGUAUAGGCACAGAGAUGAGUAAGAUGUGAUAUCAGCCGUCAGGGGGCUCCCAAGUGAGUUGGAAAGGGGAGACAGACACCCUUGGAAAUAUUCAUUGGAGUAACAGACCAAACAGAGCUGCUAAAGAGACACAAGAGUCAAUUCUGUAAUAAACAGCAAAGGGGAGGGAGACCUUUGUGGGCUGGAGGAGCCUCUGCAGAAAGAUCUAGUUCCUGAUAGUAUCUUGAUUCAGCCUUGCUGGAAGUCUUCUCAUAAGUCUAACUGAAUGAUGUCUUUCAUAUUUUAUGCCUUGUUGUGGUGUGGCGUGGACAGGACUCUAGACUUGAGGCCAGGAGUGGUGAUUCUACACAACUUCCUUGCUCUAUGGCUUUGGUUGGCUCACUUUUCAUCCCUGUGUCUCGAUGUGUUCAUCUGUAAGACGGGGACACUAGAUUGAGUCCAGUGAGUCUGAGUCCAGACAGCUCUGGAGAGAGGGUAGCGUUGGGGACCGGAAGCUCUCUGGGUUUCUAUCCGCUCAUCUGCAUAGUGAAGACCCUGAAAUGGUCCUGACUGCAUGCCUUACCCAGUGAGAUUGGGGAUCCAGUGAGUUGAGCUCUCCCCUUUCUAGGCCAGUUUUCUUACCUGUCCAGAAAGGUCUCAUGACACCUGUCCUCUUCACCUCACAUGGCUUUUAUCAUACUGAGCGUGUUCUUCAACCUCAGAGGCUCCUUGAUGCCUAAACCUUGUUGCCUGGCAUUCAAGGUCCUCCACGAUAGACUCCCAGCUUUUUCCUGCAAGAUGAGGGCCCUCACUGCCUAUGACUGCACCCUGUUCUGUUCCCAUUAGGCCUCCCACCUCACCCCUCUCGUCAGCCUAUUCAGUCUUCCGUCCGGCUCUAGCACUACCUCCUCCACAGAGCCUCCCAGCUUGCCCCAGUCCUCAGUGCCAUCCUUGGAUCAUCUUGCCAUUUUUAAGGCGUGACUUUAAUUUUGCAUUUGUAGACACUGAAGUACUGACAGACCAUAAACUCUUUGAAGGUAAGGCCUGAGCUCACAGUGAUGGACAUUAGAGUCCUUGACUCCUAGAACAGGGCGGCCGAGAGAGAGGAGAAAACUUGCCCAAAGUCACAUAGCACAUUAGUGAAAGAAACAGGCCCAGAAACCAGUUGUCUUAGGCCCAAGAGGAGACAUUAUUAGGGAUGUGGUGAGUGAACUAGAGGGGCAGAGGAAAGGGCAGAGACCUCAGAAUUGGACUGACCUCUGUUCCAGCACAGCUCUGAACUCAAUAGCUGGGCCACCUGGGGCACCUCACCUACCCUCCCCCAGCGACCUUCAGGUGGGGUUGGAAUGAGGACAUGGUGAGGCCUGGCACACAGUGGGUGCUGGGUUAUUGUGAGGUGCUCAUUAUUAUUUGCCAUCCACUUGUCCGUCCCAGCUCCCCUGCCUGCAUUCCACUCCCCUCCUUCUUUUCUUAAACACCAAGCACUUGAUUUUAUUGCCCUGUCGUGAGAAAUCCAAUGUGAGUGUCAAAGCUGCCUCACCCUGUGCCUUGCAGAAGUGAGAGGGAGAAGGGAAAGUCCUGACGGUCUUUUAGUCUUUUAGGGGCUGGGGUGGGAGCCCAGGGGGAUGAACUCUGUGGUGCGGAUGGGUGGAAUUUGGCAGGUGUCACUUUUAGAGAAGCCACGCCACCUAUUUUAAGGAAGUGAGGGGCGUGUGCCCCAUCGCCGGCCUGCAGCUGCUGGAUGCCGGUGGGCUGGAGCGUUGGGCGGCACCUCAAGGGUGAAGAGUCCUAGCAGGUGGGUCUGGUAUCUCUCUGGGAGGCUGCUGGCAGCUCCCCAGACUCCUGUCACCUUCCAGCCUGACCCCUUGUGGACGGAUGGAAAGCCGGUGCCUGUUUUGCCAGUGUCACUGGCUGGGGCCGGGAGCCAUCCCAGAGCCAGAGUCCCUGUGGGGAGGAUGUCAGGGGCUGGAAGUGGGGGUGAUGAAGUUUGGCUGUGGCUGGAGGUGCAGUGAGUGUCCAGCUGGGUGCGCAGUGGGUGGGCAUAGGGCCCCCUGACAUGGCUGUGGCCCAGCUGGCAGCCUCCCUCCGUGCUCUGCACUGGGCAGGCAGGCGGGCUGGCUCGGAGCCUCCGUGUGGGGCGCUAGGGGAAGGGCAGCCCGAGGGCAGUCUGAGGAAAGGCCGGGACACGGUGAUAACUGAUAACGGCUGGCUCAGGAGGGGCGGGAGCCGGGGAGGAGUGCGAGGAGAGGCGGACCGGCUUCAUUUGGAGCUGGAGCCGGGCUGUCGCUCAGGUGACCAGUGUCUCUCCGAGGAGGGUGCGAACAGCUAGCGGGGUGUCGCAGCAAUGAUCCAGAAUGUCGGAAAUCACCUGCGAAGGGGCCUGGCCUCCGUGUUCUCCAACCGUGCAUCCCGGAAGUCGGCCUCACGCACUGAGAACAACAACAUGGCAGAGGACAAGGGCUACCGGAACCCCACGGAGGUGCAGAUGAGCCAGCUGGUGCUGCCCUGCCACACCAACCAGCGUGGCGAGCUGAGCGUCGGGCAGCUGCUCAAGUGGAUUGACACCACCGCCUGCCUGUCCGCGGAGAGGCAUGCUGGCUGCCCCUGCGUCACAGCCUCCAUGGACGAUAUCUAUUUUGAGCACACCAUUAGUGUUGGACAAGUGGUGAAUAUCAAGGCCAGGGUGAACCGGGCCUUCAACUCCAGUAUGGAGGUGGGCAUCCAGGUGGCCUCCGAGGACCUGUGCUCUGACAAGCAGUGGAGCGUGUGCAAGGCCUUGGCCACCUUUGUGGCCCACCGGGAGGUCUCCAAGGUGAAGCUGAAGCAGAUCACGCUGCGGACCGAGGAGGAGAAGACAGAGCACAGCGUGGCAGCCGAGCGCCGGCGCAUGCGGCUGGUCUACACAGACACCAUCAAGGACCUCCUGGCCAACUGCGUCAUUCAGGAUGAUCUGGAGAGCAGAGACUGUAGUCGCAUGGUGCCAGCCGAGAAGACCCGAGUGGAGAGUGUGGAGCUGGUCCUGCCCCCACACGCCAAUCACCAGGGCAAUACUUUCGGGGGCCAGAUCAUGGCCUGGAUGGAGAACGUGGCCACCAUUGCAGCCAGCCGGCUGUGCCAUGCCCACCCUACGCUGAAGGCCAUUGAGAUGUUCCACUUCCGGGGCCCGUCCCAGGUUGGGGACCGUCUGGUGCUGAAGGCCAUCGUGAACAACGCUUUCAAGAACAGCAUGGAGGUGGGCGUGUGUGUGGAGGCCUACCGCCAGGAGGCCGAGACCCAGCGGCGGCACAUCAACAGUGCCUUCAUGACCUUUGUGGUCCUCGAUGCAGAUAACCAGCCUCAGAUGCUGCCCUGGAUUCAGCCCCAGCCUGGGGAUGGCGAGCGGCGGUACCGAGAGGCCAGUGCCAGGAAGAAGAUUCGCCUGGACAGGAAAUACAUCGUGUCCUGUAAGCAGGCGGAGAUGCCCCUCUCUGUCCCCUGGGACCCUAGCAACCAGGUGUACCUGAGCUACAACAAUGUCUCCUCCCUGAAGAUGCUCGUGGCCAGGGACAACUGGGUGCUGUCCUCAGAGAUCAGCCAGGUCCGCCUGUACACUCUAGAGGAGGACAAGUUCCUCUCCUUCCACAUGGAGAUGCUGGUGCACGUGGACGCCGCCCAGGCCUUCCUGCUGCUCUCAGACCUCCGUCGGAGGCCCGAAUGGGACAAGCACUACCGGAGCGUGGAGCUAGUGCAGCAGGUGGACGAGGAUGAUGCCAUCUACCACAUCAUCAGCCCCGCCCUCGGCGGUGACCCCAAGCCCCAGGAUUUUGUGAUCCUGGCCUCUCGGCGGAAGCCUUGUGACAACAGGGACCCCUAUGUCAUUGCGAUGAGGUCAGUUACGCUGCCCACGCACCUCGAGACCUCGGAGUACAGGCGUGGGGAGACCAUCUGCUCAGGCUUCUGCUUCUGGCAUGAGGGGGACCAGUUGACCAAGGUGUCCUACUAUAACCAGGCCACCCCAGGCUUUCUCAAGUACGUGACCACCAAUGUGACUGGCCUCUCGUCUGAGUUCUACACCACCUUCAAGGCUUGUGAGCAGUUCCUCUUGGACAACCGGCGCGAUCUGGCCCCCAGCCUCCAGACCCUCUAGGCAUCUUCAGUGGCCACCUCACGCCCAGCUCCCGCUCCAUGUGGCCCUGAGGACACACACGCAGGGCACCGAGGGAGGCAGAGACAUUUAUUCCUUCCUGCCACCCCCGUGGCUCCACCAGCCCAGCACCCCUGGGUGGUCACUUUCUGCCAACAUCCGCCAGCAAGUCUUGGUAGGAACUCUGGGGUAGCCUGUAGUAGACUCGGGUCCUCUCCACGGCCCUGGCUGCCAGCAGCACUGCCCGCACAGAUGCAUAGCUGCCCCAGCCAGGGCUGUGUUCCACUGUGACAGUGGCCCGGGGGGAGGCUGCCAACAGCCUGGCCACGACUCCAGCCGUGCUCUGGCCCAGCGGCCCAGCCUGAAGCUGGAAGGACACGGGUUGCCAGAGGCCCUGGCACAGCUCCAGCAUAUCUGUGAGCAGCUGUUCCCUGUAGCCACUGCUCAGCACUUCCUCGGGCCAGCCUGGUGCCACCGUCACAUGGGGGAAAACCUCGGCCACAGCUGUAAGCAGCUCCCUGCCAGUCACGUAGCCAGGGACCACAAAACUCCCGUGGGAGAUUGUGGCCCCGACCCACACAGGCCUAGGCAGGUGGCCAAGGGUGGAGAGGGUGGCCAGUGUGGCCAGGGAUGGCCGGAGGGCCGUGGGCUCUGCUAUGUGCACAUGGAUGCCCCAGCGUCUGGCGCGCGUGGCCAGCUGCAGCAGGCAGAACUCCAGUGUCAGGACACGGCCAUCUGGGGCACGUACGAUGGGCACGGGGUCCCCAGCUGCAGGCUCCAGGAGGCCAGCUUCCAGCAGGAUCAUGCCUUCUCUGUCUGGAAGAGGCAAUGGAGGCAGCAGCGGGGCAAUGGGAUCUGUCGAUCAGAUCUGGGUUCCAGGUGGAAGGGCUGCUUUAUGAAUGUGCCCGGGGCUCGUCAGAAUGAUACAGUGAGUUGCUAGCUCGGCUCUGGGCCCUUGCCUGUGGCUCAGCCCUGGGUCCCAUGCCCGCCUCUCUUGCAGCGUGAUGUGACUGAGGGCUCACAGGUGCUGAAGGCCCGGAGCCCCGCACUUUUGACAGCGCUGUACUUCCUACCUUGCAGCCGUGUUGCUAUGGUAACGGAGAUCUGAGGCAGCUUCCCCAAGUGUAGGAAACUUGUGGUUGAGCUAGGAGCACAGGGGCUGCAGGUGGACCUUACCUGGGAGUCGCAUUGUUGCUGUGCUCCUGUUGCCCUGGAUGUCAGGAACCAGCCACUCCACGCUCAGCCCCUCAUCCCCAGGGAGUUGGAGAAAGGGGAUCAGGCUGCCUCCUGUGUAGUAGCUUUGCUUCCGUGAGGCGUUCACUGUGGGGCAAAUUGCCAGGAUGAAGAGGCCGCUGGUCACAGAGCCCUUCUGUGCACCGCGCAUCCUCUCUAAGCCUCACAGCAAGCUUCCUGGGAGCUGUAAUUCCCUGUUUUCUAGAUUACAGGUGAUUUGCCCAAGGUCCUACAGCCAGUAGGCAGGGUUGCUGGGAUUGGAACCUGAUGGAGCCAGGUCCGUCUGGCCCCAAAGCUGGUAUUCCUCCCCCUCACCAAGAUGGCUCCCAAGGCAGGAGUGUUGGGUCUGAUGGGUUCCCUUUGAGAUGGCCUAACUGCAGGCUGUCCUAGGUUUGGAGUCAGCGGAGUGGAUGUUUGGACAAGGUAGCGUCUGCAUCACUGAUUAGCAGGUACAGUGGAGGGGCCGUUCUCUGAAACGCUAGAGGAAACCUUAGAGGAACUAUAUUACAAGGGGAAGCA